CUGGUGCUCAAACUUGGACGCGGACUGAAAAUAAUGUUGUUUCCCGCGAGGGGUGAGCGCUCCGGUCACCGAAAGCCAGCCUCGGGACUCGUGUUAGAGUUUGUAAAUUUGUUUUAAGGACUCUGAAUAACUCACCGGGCUUGUUUUUGGACUCUUGCUGGUAAUGGCCAGCAGCGGCAGAGUGUUUUGAUCUGGUCAGUGACAGCCUGCAGACGGCAGGGAGAGCUGUGCGGCGAUCACGCUGUGUUUGAUUAUGAGCGCUCGCAUGAAGUGAAGAGACUCUGGAAGCUGAUUUCUCGCUGGGACGGCAACAGUUUUAACACAGUGUGUGGCGGAUCAAAGCCAGAGAAGCCAUGGAGGCCUCACAGGACCUCAACGAACAGAUGGUGAAGAAAUCACACAGUGAAUCUCAUGUUCCAGACCCUUCAGACGUCAGGUCUAUGGAAAUGCAGGACCUAGCCAGUCCUCAUAACCGUGUGGGAGGUGGAGAUUCAACAGGCUCCAAGCUGGACAAAAACAACCUUGGCAGCCCCUCUAUCACCACCAAUGGAACAGGAGGUGAAAGCAUGACUGUUCUUAACACGGCUGAUUGGCUGUUGGGCUGCAGCAGCCCGUCCCCUGCCACAGGCUCCAAGGAAUAUGUGAAAACAGAGCCUUUGAACAACAGCGAUACAGUUACUACGACAGGCGACACAGCGCUGGACACAUACGCAGGCUCAGUAAUCACCAGCAGUGGAUACAGCCCUCGUUCAGCCCACCAGUACUCUCCUCCCCUCUACCCGUCCAAGCCCUACCCCCACAUCCUCUCCACGCCGGCAGCCCCUUCCAUGCCGACGUACACCGGCCAACCUCAGUUCAGCAGCAUGCAGCAAUCAACCGUCUAUACUGCUUAUUCUCAGACAGGCCAAGCCUAUGGAUUGUCUACCUAUGACCUCGGUGUGAUGCUUCCCGGCAUAAAAACAGAAAGCGGCUUAGCCCAGAGUCAAUCUCCUCUGCAGACAGGCCUCAGCUACAGCACCGGCUUUACUACACCUCAGCCUGGACAGACUGCGUACUCACCCUAUCCAAUGCCAGGUUCCAGUUUCACUCCUUCCUCAGGCCUCUACACCACUAACAACUCAGUGUCCAACCCCGCCAACUACACUGCCACACAGCAGGACUACCCCUCAUAUACGACAUUUGGCCAAAACCAGUAUCCUCAGUAUUAUUCCACCUCCCCUUACGGGACCUAUAUGACCUCCAACAAUGUGGAUGGCACAGGCUCCACAGCAGCCUACCAGCUGCAAGAUCCUACCCCCGCCAUGACCGGACAGGCUGCUGAACUUCACCCAGGGGACUUUGAUACAGUGCAGAGCCCUUCCACACCCAUCAAAGAGCUGGAUGACAGAGCCUGCCGGAGUGGGGGGUCUAAGUCUCGGGGCAGGGGCCGCAAAAACAACCCCUCCCCUCCUCCCGAUAGUGACCUGGAGAGGGUUUUUGUGUGGGAUCUGGAUGAGACGAUCAUUGUCUUCCAUUCUCUGCUCACAGGCUCCUAUGCACAAAAAUAUGGCAAGGACCCUCCCAUGGCGGUAACACUGGGUCUGAGGAUGGAAGAGAUGAUCUUCAACUUGGCUGACACACACUUAUUUUUUAAUGACCUGGAGGAAUGUGAUCAGGUACAUAUUGAUGACGUGUCGUCAGACGACAACGGCCAGGACUUAAGUACUUACAGUUUUGCAACUGAUGGCUUCCAUGCAGCUGCAACCAGCGCAAACCUGUGCCUGGCUACGGGUGUCCGCGGCGGGGUCGACUGGAUGAGGAAACUGGCCUUCCGCUACCGACGAGUCAAAGAGUUGUAUAGCACGUACAAAAACAAUGUGGGGGGUUUGCUGGGUCCUGCUAAGAGAGACGCCUGGCUGCAGCUCAGAGCUGAAGUGGAAGCUCUGACUGACUCCUGGCUCACCCACGCACUCAAGUCCCUGUCCAUCAUCAGCUCCAGGAGUAACUGUGUAAAUGUGUUGGUGACUACAACACAGCUCAUACCAGCGCUGGCCAAAGUUCUCUUAUAUAGUCUGGGAUCUGUUUUUCCUAUUGAGAACAUUUACAGUGCAACAAAAAUAGGAAAAGAGAGCUGUUUUGAGCGUAUAGUCUCCCGCUUUGGCACAAACAUAACAUAUGUUGUGAUUGGCGAUGGAAAGGAUGAAGAGCAUGCCGCCAGCCAGGAAAAGAGAGUUGCUUUGAACGCAUAAUGCAAAGGUUUGGCAGGAAAGUAGUGUAUGUUGUAAUUGGG